GCAACCCUGUAUUUCAGAAGAGUAGAUUCGACGAAAUUCAUUUGUAGUUCAUUAUUGGAGCAGACGGUGAUUGAGUUACACUAGCUGUGAAAGUGUUUAUAAACUUCCAAAAACUUAUUAAAGCAGUAAAUAUAUAAAUAUAAAAAGAAGAAAAAAGAACAAUGGCUCGUACUAAGCAAACUGCACGUAAAUCUACCGGUGGAAAAGCACCACGCAAGCAACUUGCUACAAAGGCAGCUCGCAAAUCCGCCCCCUCAACUGGCGGCGUAAAGAAACCUCACCGUUAUCGCCCGGGAACAGUAGCCUUACGCGAAAUUCGUCGUUAUCAAAAAUCCACUGAAUUGCUUAUUAGAAAAUUGCCAUUUCAGCGCUUGGUCCGAGAAAUCGCUCAAGAUUUCAAAACUGAUUUGCGUUUCCAAUCAGCUGCCAUAGGUGCCUUACAGGAAGCAUCUGAGGCAUAUCUUGUCGGUCUUUUCGAAGACACUAACUUAUGCGCAAUUCAUGCCAAACGCGUAACUAUUAUGCCGAAGGACAUUCAAUUGGCUCGUCGAAUCAGAGGAGAGCGCGCUUAAGCUGCUAUACACUUCAUAAUCAACUUAUCAAUUUUCUUAAUUAUAUAAUAAAAAUUAAUAAAUAUGUAAUACACUUAAGAUUUCCCCCAAAACUCCAAUAACGGUAUUCUGUUUGCUUGCAGUUAUUGAUUAAAAAUACUUGUGUAGUAUUUCUAACAAAUAAGUAUUAUAUAAUUUCUUUAUAUGAAUAAGUAUGAAGAUAUUUUAUGUUUUUGUGCACUAUAGUCGUGUAUUCUCGAAACACUAUAUGUGUUAAUUCUUUUAAUACAAUAAUACAUUAUACUCUCAAUUUUCGUAAACGUUA